AUGUCCAAUGUACGGAAGUUUUGUAUAUGGCCAGUGGCGCCGCAGAUGGCAGUUACUUUGUUGGUACAAAGCGAGACUACCUUCAGCAUGGAGAAGUACGGCGAAGUGGUCAAGUCCUGUAUAUUGAAGAGUUGCAGUUGCAGGGGAUUCACUGACAAUCCAACUGACCGAGGCUUUGGGAGCAAUCGUAUUCAGAGCUUAAGGGGCACAUUCCUAUUUUGGAAGACUCCACAAAGGCCCAACAAAUUGCAGGGUCUUGUGGUUGCAUAUGCUGGAUUAGGUUGGACUGCAGAAGCCAUGGAAGUGAUGAUUCUCUCUUUUGUAGGACCGACUGUUCAGUCUGUAUGGGGACUCUCUUCUAGUGAAGAGAGCAUGAUAUCAACUGUGGUCUUUGCUGGCAUGCUGAUUGGGGCAUUCUUGUGGGACUUUUUAUCAGAUACAUAUGGAAGGAAGUGA